GAUUUUUACUUACUCGGUCACUACAGUUAGACAGUAGUUUUAUUAAUUAAUUAAAUUAUUGGUGAUUGAAAUACUGGAUGUAAAAUUAUUGUAAGAAUCGAUGUUCAAAUAAAAAUGUCAUUUUCGUAAAGACAUUUGACGCCUGUCAAUAAUUUAAAUUGACAAUUGUCUACAAGCAGUUAAGAACCGUAGUUGCAGUGUGAGAAUUAACCGAGCGUCUUAAGGAUGAUAUGCCGGAAACAUUUAAGUACUUGUAUGAGAACUGUAAACUAUAAAUUGUAUGCGACAUUAUUUAUAAUCAAUACCGGUCAGUAAUUUAUUCCAUUGACCAAGUAAUUGACACAGUCCUCGUGCUGGGAAUUGGCCAGAAGUUUAUUAAAUGCAAAUGACGACAAGAGGUCGUGGAAUACUUAAAAAGGAAUGAUGUUGAAGGUUAACUGGUGGACCUGUUUGCUGGAUCUUCUCAUAAAAUUCUGAAGGACCGAGUACUUAUUGCCUAGCAUUCGACCACCUUCGAACAGUCUCUGCUCGUGCUCGCAUCAGUAAACUACAAGUUGGCUUCGGUAUAUACCGCUCGUGAUAGAGCCAGUGAUUGCAGUCUUUGUUUAUCGGGUUUCUUGAGCUUCCUUUAUUUUUAACAUUAGACUUCACGACAGGAUUCACAUCAUAAGACUGUUUCAGACGUCACUGCGGAUAACGAUGAAACGACAGCUGGAAUUGUGGCGGAUUAUUCUGCUUCUGGGAAUUGCCCUCGAGGCCAACACUCGAGCCCUAGUGCUCAGACCUCAGCAUUAUCAUCUAGACAUUGACAACGGAAUCCUGAAGAACGUCAAGCCGUUGACAGAACCACUGGCCAGCGAUGUUGAUUUAUCCAACCUCGGGCUGCUGUCGGUUCAAAAAAAUGCCUUUGAUGAGCUUGUCAACAUAAAAUCUCUCAGUCUUGCUAAUAACUAUCUCCAAGAGCUACCGGAGUUCGUUUUUGCUAAUUUAACAAGUCUACAAGUUUUGUCCCUCGCUGGAAAUAAAUUCAAUGAUUUUGAAAAUAAUUUUGUGGGGCUCAGUAAUUUGAAAGUACUUAAUAUUUCUAACAAUCCCUUGAAGCAUCUGCGGAAGAGUUUCUUUUUCGGUCUGACCAAAUCAGCGGACAUUAUAACAGAGGGCAAUGAAUUUUGGAGCAUAUCGACAGUACUUUUUGAAAAUCCAUUUCUCAGAGAGACAGUGGACCCUGAACUGUUGAAUAUCGGGUUGGAUGAAAGCACUGAUAAAAAUCCCAGUUUGAGAAACGAAUAUGAUAACGAUGACAAUUUAGUUCUUGAUGAUAAUCUGCAAGUCAAGGUUUGUAAAACAGACCAAGGUGUCGUUAAAUCUGUUGAAGAACUACAGGAAAAUGAAACUUUAUCCUCAGAGUGCCGUCGUGCUGGUAUCAUUUACAAGCAACGUACUUUAGUGCUUCAAAACUUGAAACUGAAAGCGUUUGAAAACGGCUGGUAUAAACUCAAAAAAUUUCCUUUUAAUUCAAUAGACUUGACCAUGAAUGAAAUAUCAAAAAUCACUCCAGCAUUAUUGAAUGAUCUUCCUGAGAGUUUGGCUUUCGUUAAUUUGGCGGGAAAUAAAAUAGAGAAAUUAGAAAAAAACACAAUUGAUAAUAAUCAUCUGAAAGUUAUUAAUUUGAAAGAUAAUUUGAUAACAGAAAUCGAAGAUGGCGCUCUGGAAAAAACUAGACUUUCUGGUUUCUUUAUUAUAGGAAAUCGUUUGAAGAGUUUAUCUUUUGCUUCAACUUUACCCAGUACACUGACAGAAAUGAUUAUUUCGCAGAAUCAUAUUGAAGAAAUUCCAGAAAACGCGAUGGUUAGCAUGAGGAAUUUAGUUUAUUUAAACCUUGCGCACAAUAAUAUUACUGAGUUAAAAAGUCAAUCACUGCGGGGCUUAACUUCACUUCAGGUGCUCAUCCUUACAGACAAUAAACUAAAAAAUAUUGAAGAAGGGGCUUUUCAAGAUACGGCUAAUCUGAGAACACUUUAUCUCUACCGUAAUGUAAUCAGUGAUUUGAAAAGUGGAUUUGCAAGAGGAUUAGAGAACUUGAAAGAUCUUAAUUUAGCUUGGAACAACAUCACUAAAAUUACCAAGGAUACAUUCGUUGAAUUACCGGACACACUACGAGAUCUUCAUCUCGAUUACAAUGAAAUCGAGUCUUUGGAGAUUGGAAGUUUCGUGGGUGUACCGAAAUUUACGCUUUCUCUUGAUGGCAAUAAAAUAUCAACGAUACCUCGAGGAACGUUUAAUCUUCCUUAUCUUCAUGAACUGCACUUGAAAAAUAACUCGUUGCAGACAAUUGACGGUGACGCAUUUGAAGGUCUUACUCGUUUGCGUCGACUUUCUCUGAAUGCAAAUAAUAUUAAAAACAUUACGAAAGGCGCUGCGAAAAAUAUGGGGCGUAUACAUUUGCUUGAUAUUUCAAAAAAUCCGAUAGAACGUCUGGAAAAUGGUGCGCUGUUUGGAUUACCCAAAUCAAAAGGCAGUUUUGUGUAUUUAUCCGACACUUAUCUAAAGCUAAUUCAAGGUGGUAUUUUUGAUGACGUCUAAGCUGAUGAUCAUCGCAGGUAAUGGAAGUAAGAGUCAAUUUUAUGCUGUGCUGAGGUAACAGCCGAUGAUUAUCGACAUUACAUAUACACAUUAUGAAAAUUGUUAUUUAUCAUAUAUGAUUAUAUCUACGUAAUAUUAUUGUCAACGGUAUAUAGGAUAGAGAGAGUAUAUUAUGAAGCGUACGGCAUUUAUGCUGAAUUAUACAUUGAGAGCAAUUCUUUUGUGAUGAUUAUUGUAAUUUUUUCUAUUAUAUGAACACAGGAAAUAA